UUUGUCGUUGGUUUACACGAAGCAGGCCCUUAAGUUAGAGAGCAGCCGUCGACCCCCACGUAAGCAGACGGAACCGAUCUCAGCUCCAACUUCAAACAGGACCCUGUGUGGGUAUCGAGCGCCGUUGAGACGCCGUUCAAAGGAGGUCCGAGCGGAAGACAUGGCAGAGAAGCGGCGGACGAGUGAGCUGGGCGGACGACCCACCAUCCGCUACCGCUGCAGCUUCGGCCACGUUAUGCUGGACGUGUUCCGGUCGCGCGGCUGGAAAGAGGUGGGGCCCGAGGACCCAGACUGGGAUAUCAACUGGUGCGAUGUAAGUCAGCUGAAGGAAUACUACGACCACACCUUUUUGCAGGACCACCAGCGCAUCUGCCAUUUUCGCAACCACUAUGAGCUGAGCCGCAAAAAUAUGCUGAUGAAGAACAUACGCCGACUGAAGCGUCAGAUGGAGAGAGCUGGUACCAAGGAGGAGGCGGAGCGCUGCGUGAUCUGCCCGACCUCGUUCGAGCUGCCAAGCGAGUACCACAUGUUUGUCGAGGAGUUCCGGCACUACCCACGCGCCAUCUGGAUCAUGAAGCCGGCAGGCAAGAGCCAGGGACGCGGCAUUUUCCUCACGCAGCGGCUCAAGGAUGUCACCGAGUGGAAGAUCAAGGACAAGCAGUUCACGCCCAGCUUCCUGGCGGGGGACAAGGACGCGGCGCUCGGGCCCGAGACGUAUGUCGUGCAGCGGUAUAUCUCGAACCCGUACCUGAUCGGCGGCCGCAAGUUCGACCUGCGCCUGUACGCCCUCGUCUCGUCGUACACGCCGCUCAAGGUGUGGCUGUACCGCGAAGGGUUCGCGCGGUUUAGCUCGGCCGAGUUCACCACGUCCCAGAUCGAGGACAACUGCAUCCACCUGACCAACGUGGCCAUCCAGAAGCACACGGUCGAGUACAACCCGCAGCGUGGCAGCAAGUGGAGCAUGCGCCAGCUGCGCCACUUCCUGCGCGCGCGCCACGGCGACGCCAUGGUCGCCACGCUCAUCGACGACAUCAACAAUGUGUUCAUCAAGUCGCUGCAGAGCGUGCAGAAGAUCAUGAUCAACGACAAACACUGCUUUGAGCUGUACGGAUACGACAUCCUGAUCGACAGCGAGCUGAGGCCGUGGCUGAUGGAGGUGAACGCCAGUCCGUCGCUGGCGACCACCGGCCGGGACGACUACCGGCUCAAGUUCGCGCUGCUCGACGAUACUCUGCACGUGGUUGACCUGGAGGGCCGACUAACGGGCCGUGAACUGCGCGUGGGCGGCUACGACCUGAUCUGGAACGACGGCCCAGUGUCGGCCGAUGACAGCGCACACAGCUGCCACAAUUUUGGCGGCCAAACGCGACCCAACACGUUCCUCGGCUGUUACAACGACCGCGAGGAGCAGCUGCAGGAGAUCCUGCAGAGCAAACCGCGUCGGCAGCGCGGCGGCAGCGCCCGGCCCUCCACCUCCGUGCAGCAGAUCUGCCAGUGAACCGUAGUGAAACUGGCCGAGCUGCUCCUGGGAUCAGGCUGGGUGUGAACUUUGGAUGUGAUUGCGAUAGCAGAGUUCAAAACAACUCCUCGGUUUUUAAAUGCUGUCUGACCCAAAAGCCACAUCUUAUUGGAGAAGCAUUCGACAAAGAUGUCCUCCGUCUGGCGCCUGUUCGUCGUCAGUCGCCCGCUGUGGAACAUGAAUGUAAUGCAUUUUCCUUACAAAUAACCUUAAUUUUUCCCGGCAUCAUCGGAGUCCAGAUGAACUCAUCUUGCUUCUCGCGCCCUACAGACAGUGCGUGCCGUCAGACAUCGCCGACUAGCUGUGUGUCGG